AUGUCUCAAGGCAUUCCUGAUAUGACGCCGGAACAACUCGCGGCCUUCAAGGCCGAGAGUCGGUCUGGCGAGAUCUUCAACAUUCACACUGCAUUUUUCGUCCUGUCAGUCCUGUCGGUAGUUGCGCGACUGGCCGCUGCAAAGCGCUCGGGGCGAAAGAUCACUUGGGACGAUUGGCUAGCUGUGAUCUCGCUGUUGUUCAUAUCAGGAGUCUUUACCGGGACGAUGUUCUGGCUCAAAUUUGGGCUGGGCAGGCAUGCGAUUGUCGUUGAGGAGGAGGACCCGAUGAACCUCACGCGCUUUUUUAAGACCAUCUACGCGAACGAAAUACUGUAUCCCAUAGGAUUAUCGACCGCACGAAUGUCGCUCGUGGUUCUGUAUAACCGUAUAUUUGGACUCUUCAAAGCGAGGUUUUACCUAUGCGGCCUGAUGGUUUUCAUUGGGAUGUGGGCUGUUUAUGCUACCUUACCGACCAUUCUUGCGUGCAGCCCAGUUCAGAAUUUCUGGACCAGCCACAAGGACUGCAUUGAUCUGUCCAAACUAUACAUCAGCAUUGCAGUCGGAAGCAUUGUGACGGACUUCGUGUUGAUAAUCAUUCCUAUACCGUACGCCAUGAGACUUACGAUGUCUCCUGUAAAGAAAGCUCUUCUCAUCUCGUCUUUUGUUUUCGGCGGCUUCAACUGCUUCGUCACGAUCAUUCGGUUGGUCAAGGUAACAAGUUUCAGUUACGCCGAUCCCACCUGGGGAACUGUCGAUUUGAUGAUAUGGACAGGGUUGGAGGCGUAUUGUGGCGUCAUAUGCUGUUGCUUACCGACGCUGAGACCUUUGCUUCACAUAUAUCGUUGUGGUAGCAAUUUGAUAGACACCGACAGCAACCCCAUCGACGCGAGCCAACCCGACGUCUACCUCAAAAUGCCACCGCAGAUAGCAUCCCGUUCGUCCGAAGAAGCCCUUGAAGAGUAUAAUUUCGUAAAGCUGAGCCUCCCCGAUUUGCAGGAGUAUGGUCGGCGGUUAGCCAUCAGCAGGCUUGAGAGUCACCCUACUGUACAUACACCGACAUUACCAGAGACAGCACACUGCUCAAGAUACCAUUAG